AUGUGGUCCUCGUCACCACAGUUACGACAGACUCAAAUCUCCUUGUUUGGACAGUCCUAUGGCAUCAUACUCGCAGAUUUUGCAGGCACGACCACCACGCUCCCAGCCACAGUCUCGAACACGAUGACCCUCCUCACCACACAAGGAGCAAGUAACAGUAGGCUGAACACUUGCGAUUCUUUCUUCGGGGCAACGCUUGGUAGUGUGACCGAGCUUUCCGCAGUUGUUGCACUUGUCUGCUUCACGAUCGAGCCGAAUUCCGGCAUCAGCGAGACGAGUAAGAUUUUCUUCUGGAGACGCAGGCUAUUUGUCGACGAGAAGGGGACCUUGUUAGAUCCAGCAACGUAUCUGGAUCCUUUUGUGCGAGAUUGCGUCGUGCUAAAUGACAGCGCCUUCCUCGCGACUACGAUAAUGUUCGAUGAGCCGAGUCAGUCACAUUUCCCACUCGCCGUCAUCAUCAGACUCAUCAUAUCUGUUACCCAUAAGCCAGAUCCAUCCUCAAACCCCAACCAUCUUCCGGCAUCAGAAAGAGCUAUCCCAAACCAUCUCGACGAUUCUCCUGUCGCCUAUAAUUCCAACGAGGAGAAUGAACCUACCUCGCCUUCCUACAACAGUUGCUCUAUAGCCCACGACGACGCCGAAUUCGAGAUGUCCGACGCGCCUCUUCCACCCCCUGACAAGGCAAAGCCCCCAUCCCUGAAAAUCAAGUUCCUCAGCAAGCCUACAGUCUCUCAAGCUGGAGACCACUGCGCCUCAGAGUACAGCAAGGACGCCGUCCAUCAAGCUCAAACUUCCAGGCGCUCCUCCGCGAUUGCGUCGCUAACCACAUGA